AUGUGGGAAAGGUCAGAGUCUCUAAAUGAUUUCGACAUCAGUGUUUCUUUCUUUCGUAAAUUUUCCUCCUCUUUCACUGAUUGGUUAUUCUCUUUUUUUUUUCUAUUUCUUUCAUUUCUUCUUCCUUUUCAAUCUUCAUUUUUCUCUUUUCUUUCUUCAUUUAUUUUUGUAGGCGACUCUCGAAUUUCUCGCUUUCUUUUCUUUGUUUUUUUUUUCAGCUUUAAUAAAACCGAAACAUGUUCGAUUGAUAAAAAUUUCUUCUUUGUUCCCUAUAUUAUCUUUCUUAAUUGGUUCCAUUGUUUCUUUAUCAUUUACUCUUUCUUUCUUUCUUCAUUUAAUUUUCUAUAUAUUGCUUUUCUUUCCCUUUUCAUGUAUAUAUUUUUCCUUCUUUUAUCUAUUUAUAUAUUCACUUAUUUAGCUUUUGCUCUUCUUUCUUUCGCUCUUGUUGUAUUUCUAUAUUUCUUUCUUUCUUUCAUGUUUGUCGAUUUGUUCCUUCGUUUCCUCUUUUCUGCUCAUCAUUACUUGUUUGUAUGUUUCUUUCUUGCUUCAUAUCAUUAUGUCCCUUUUUUUAUUUAUAUCACUCUCAACUAUUCCAUCAUUCAUUACGUUUUAUUUCUUCUCAAGCAACACACAACGCCAUUAUUUCUUUUUUCGCUUUUUUAUUUAUUGGUUGUCUGUCCGUUCUUCCUAGCACAUUUUCCUCAUUCAAUAUUUUUUUUGUCGUCUUCAUUUUUCACUGUCUUUUUCCUUCCAUCAAUUCACCCAUCAACUUAA